ACACGUGUCACGUGACACCAACAAUUUUUGCAAACAUGGCGGACGUUGAAGUUACGAAGUCUUUGAGCGGUCUGUUAAAUGGAAUCGCUCAAAAAAUGUUUUUCAACAACGACGAGAUCACAGAGGAGCUGCUGAAAAGUGAGCUGUUCCCGGAGCUGCCGCAGGACGAGUUCAGGGCUCUGCACGACAAAAUGAAAGGCCUCCUAAAGUCCAUUUCCACAGCAGACAUGGACCACGCUCAGCUGGAGGCCUUCCUCACAGCGCAGUCUAAGAAGCAGGGUGGCGGCGGGGUGAGCGCCGAGCAGGCCGCCGCCCUCUCCCGCUUCUGGAAGAGCCAACGAGUCCGCGUGCGGGAGCGGCUGCUGGCUCAGAGCCGCUGGGAGCCCAGCCUCAGGGGCCUCUCCUGGAGGGUGGACCUGCAGGCCGCCAGCCGCCAGAGAGACACGGAGCACGGGGGCCCAGUCGCCCUGAUGGAGCUGGAACUCAGCAGAACCGGACAGGACUCAGAGUUUGUAUGUGUGGAGUUCAAUGAAGCCAAAGUCAACGAUGUUCUGAAAAAACUGUCCGACAUCCAGGAAAGCAUCGACAGAAUUGUUCACAGAACCUGAAAGCUGCUGAGCGGCAGCGCUCUACUGCGCCCCCUUCCUGCAAGGCUGAGUACUGCAACAGAACUUCCAGGACCGGUUUUCACACACUGAGAGGAUGCACGUUUGCAAGACUUUGACAGCAAAUGUGCAAAAGUGAUAAAAGUGUGCAAAUGUAUGCACAUAUGCAGUUUUGAACAAAUGUACAUUUAUAUCUUCUUUUGAAUGUGAAGCUGCUCAGAAAGCAGUAAUCUGUUGAUUCCAGCUCAGACCAUUCAAUGAUGAGGAUCAGUAUUUAUUUGGGAAAACAUUUUUAAAGCUAAAGUGGCACAUGGUUUAACACUCAAUAUUAUUGUAGAUUUAUAUCAUGGCCACAAGUACUUUGGAGCACACCUCAACUUAAAAAGGUAAAAGUUUCCCCUAAAUGUAAAGAUUUACUUAGUUUGUUUUUGAAAUAUUGUUGUCCCAUAACAUUCCUAAGAAUCUCAUCAUGUCCAACACCUUAGACAUUUAUUUUGCCUGUGAAUAAAUAACAUUUUCAUAUGUCAAGUGGUAAAAAGUAUUGUGUUUCUUAAAAAUAUGUGUUUCUUUUAGAAGUCAAAUGUAUAUUUUGUCCCCUAACAAGUUUGCAGAAAGCCCACAGCAUGUGGCGGUACUUAUCUUUUCCAUAAUGACAACAAACAGAGUAGAAAGACGGCAUUAGUGGCUGCUGUGACCUUUACGGCUCGUGUGCUGCAUUAGGUUGUUGGCAUAUAAACAUGUUGCAGGCACUGACUGUAUAUGAGGACUGGACCGAGUGAGUGUGACAUCAUGCGUAGAAAAUGGCUUACUUCGGCUUCAACAAAAUAAAGUCAAUUCAGGUGCAAAUUUUUUUUGGCGAUAUCGACGCCGUCAUGUUAGAGCAAGACGAUAGUUUCUACGGCAACGUCUCUCACCAAUCAGGAAGGAGCUUGUUGGUAGGCCACUCCUCUUUCACUGGAAAGCUGGUUCAUGUACAGUAAAUGGGUGUUUGGUUGAGGAUAUGCUGGUGAACAGUGACGAACAAAGAAAGAGUCCUGAUUCUCUUUCAGAAUCUACUGGAAUUACGUUAGUCGUGAUAACAGUUGAAAAGUUACAGUACGCUAAAGAUUUUCUGUUUCAGCGUCACCGGCGAGGCCUCAGGUGUUAAAGGGUUAACCACUCCUGACAUGACACUAAAUUAGGAAGCAGGAUUUCCUUUUUCAGUCCUCCAAAAUGCACACAUGCCAGAUGAAUCAGUAAAAAGAUGAUUAAAUCUAGUGUCAGAAAUGUUUAUUAUUAGAAUACAUUGAAAGCACAUGUUCUUAUCGUCUGCUGCACGGCAGUACUUCUAGUUUUUGUUCAGAGGCAAAGUUCUUAAAUGAGAGAAAUGCAUAAUAAGUGCGAGUACAUUUAACACAUACAUUUACAAGAUUUUUUCUACAGUAAAAAAUCUUACACAUAUAGGAACUUAUUUCUUACAAAUUUCUAAAAUUUUACUAGUUAAAAAAUGAAUACAAACUGUUAAAAUGAACAAAAACAGUCCAGAUUAGUCCAUCCUAGUUUAUUUUAUUUUUACGUAUGUUUAAAAAUGUUUACCUUUGAUUUCAAAGAAAAUACCUUUAAAACAUCAUUGCUUUGAAAACCUUUCAGUUUCUCUUCUUCUUCUCUAAAAACAAUUGGUGUAAUAAAGUUUACUCUUUCCUUCUUAUCUUGUUCCUUUCAGACCACCGAGCAAAGGUGAAGAACAGCUCUUUACCUUUGUUCUCUGAAUGCUGAUAUCUGUAGAUACAGUAUGUAUACAUACAAUGUUCCUUUAACUGUGACAAAAGCCUCCUACCAAAAUAAAAAAAAAAUCCUA